CGAGGUGUAUCUCGGCGCAGCCAGUCGAAGCCGGAGAUCGCUCCAGCGGGCGCCUAGCCCCUCGUCCCGUCCUUGCGCGGCCAUGUCGUCCGUGGCGCUGGAGAUCCUGGGGCUGGGGCUGGGCAUCGUGGGCUGGGUGGGCAUCAUCGUGGCGUGCGGGCUGCCCAUGUGGCAGGUGUCGGCCUUCCUGGAAAGCAACAUCGUGACGGCGCAGACCAUCUGGCAGGGGCUGUGGAUGACUUGCGUGGUGCAGAGCACGGGCCAGAUGCAGUGCAAGGUCUACGACUCGGUGCUGGCGCUCAAGGCCGAGGUGCAGGCGGGCCGCGCGCUCACCGUGCUCGUGGCGCUGCUCGGCUUGGCCGCGCUGCUGGUGAGCGUGGCGGGC